UUCCUCUCCUCUCAAGCGUCCUACUCCCCCUUGCCAUCCCACAGCCUCUCUUUCUUUUGAACGAGUCCCAAAAUGGCUGGUUGCACUUCUAUCACCUUGGGUGCUCUCAUCCUCAUAAGUUGUGUCACUUGGGUCUCGGCCACCGUUUACACCGUCGGGGAUACAUCAGGCUGGACGUCGGGCGUCGAUUACUCUACUUGGACCAGUGGCAAAACCUUUGCGGCUGGCGAUAGCCUUGUGUUCAACUACGCCAGUGGGGCUCACACCGUGACCGAGGUGAGCUCGAGCGACUACGAUUCCUGCUCGGCAAGCAACGCCAUCACCAGUGAUAGCAACGGGCCAACAACGAUCCAACUCAAGACGCCAGGUACACACUACUACAUUUGUGCGAUACCCGGUCACUGCAGUGGAGGAAUGAAGCUCGCUGUCGCGGUCGGAGGAUCGGCCUCUGGCUCACCCACCACACCCUCCCCUCCAUCCACCUCCACCACGCCUACCCCGCCGACAAGCACCACCACCGGCACCCGCUAUUCUGGCGCAGGAGGCCUUGCACCGGCAUCGGCGAUGGCGGCGGUCACUGGGCUGGUGGUGCUACUCUUCUAGGCCCGGCCAGGGUAGAGACAGUGCUCCUACUUUGUUAUUGAGUUAUUUCUUGUAUUUUAGGUGGCUAGAUCAUUGUGUUGGGAUAAUGCUUGUGUAACAUGGUGGUUAUUGAUGUAUGAUCAUGACUUUAACUUUAUUUGAGUGUGAUAGCCUGUUAAGUUGGGA